AUGUUUGUCCCCCUGCCGGUCCCCUUCGUCUUUCAGAGAACAGCGUCCGACUUCAGCGCCUGGAGACUCAAGUCCUCGCUGGCUCCGCGGUCCAGCCCCGAUAUCAGGAUGUCUAAAGCAGCAGAGGAGGAGAAGCCUGGGGCUGAUUAUCCAGGGGACAGUUCAGAUUCUGACAGAAACAGUCCUGAUGACCAGGUUCAACCGAUGAAAAGCAGCCCCUUCAGCCUCUCUCCCACACUGGCUGGCAGUAAGGUAAAGACUGAGGAGAGUUCUGAGACUCGUAGCAUCGCUCCUGCUCCUCCAUCUCAGCAGCAGCAGCAACAACAACAGACCCAACAUCACCACACUCAGCUGAUGCUGGCUGGCAGUCAGCUGGCAGGGCUCGCCGCUCUCCUCCCCGCCCAGCAGCAGCUCCUCCUCCAACAGGCUCAGGCCCAGCUUCUGGCGGCGGCGGUCCAGCAGUCCAACGCCGCCCACGCCGCUCACGCUGCCCAGGCGGCCCAGGCAGCGCACGCCGCCGCCGCGCAGCAACAAGCCAACCAGCAACAGCAGCAACAGCAGCAGAGCCAAUCACAACCCCAGCAGCAGCAGCAGCCAAACAAACAGGAGCCCACGGUCCAAGCUCCGCCCCCGCCGCCUCAGCUCGCCCUUUCACAGCCGAUCCAGCUCACAGCCCAGGACAUCCAGCAGCUGUUGCAGCUCCAGCAGCUGGUGUUGAUGCCCGGUCACCCUCUCCAGUCUCCGGCCCAGUUCCUCCUGUCUCAGCCAGCACAGGCCCAGCAGCCUCAGCAGGGUUUGCUCUCGACGCCAAAUCUGAUCCAGCUACCUCAGCAAAGCCCAGGGGGGCUGUUGACAACCCCUCCCCGUCUGGGACUUCAAGCACAGAGGGAGAAGAGCGAUGUGGUCGGCGGCAGCAGUGGUGGCGGCGGCGGCUCCGUAGUCGGCUCCGGCGGCAGCAGCGUUGGUGUGGUGACAUCGGUCGGAGCCUCCUCGGCCCCCAGCAGCUCCAUGGCGUCCUCACUGACCUCCGGUUUGACCAGCGGGGGACACAUGGGGGAGGAGCCCAGCGACCUGGAGGAGCUGGAGCAGUUCGCCCGCACCUUCAAACAGCGACGCAUCAAGCUGGGCUUCACCCAGGGAGAUGUCGGCGUGGCGAUGGGUAAACUGUACGGUAACGACUUCAGCCAGACCACCAUCUCACGGUUCGAAGCUCUCAACCUGAGUUUUAAGAACAUGUGCAAACUCAAACCUCUGCUCGAGAAGUGGCUGAGUGAUGCAGAGACCAUGGCUGUGGACAGCAUGCUGCCCAGUCCCUCCUCCAUCUCGUCCCCCAUGUUGGGCAUGGAGGGUCUACCGGGCCGACGCAGAAAGAAACGCACCAGCAUCGAGACCAACGUCCGAGUAGUCCUAGAGCGCAACUUCAACACGAACCAGAAGCCUACCUCGGAGGAGAUCCUGCUCAUGGCAGAGCAGCUCAACAUGGAGAAGGAGGUGAUUCGUGUUUGGUUCUGCAACCGCCGGCAGAAAGAGAAACGCAUCAACCCCUCGAGCAGCACCACCCCUCCCCUGCCCACCCAGACCUCCCCUGUUGUGACGCACAAAGCCCCCUGCUACAGCCCCCACAUGAUAUCGAGUCAGGGUCUGUCCCAGGUCACCACCAGCCUCAGCACAACAGCCGCCAGCUCAUCACCCUCAGCAUCCUGCCCCAUGACUCCUGUCAGCUCGGCCGGAGUCGGCUCCACCUCCUCUUCUGUGACUCCGCCCCCUCAUAGCACAGCCAGCCCCGCCCCUCCCAGCUUGGGGGCCCAUGGGCUCAACACUGGGAACACAAUGAUGGGAGUAAGCACAGGGAUGAACCAGGCCCUCAUUGGCAGCAAUCCCCUGGCUACCAUGCAAGCGCUGGCGGCCAGCAGCGGUCAGCUCCCUCUCUCCAGUCUCGAGGCAGGACCUGGUCAUAUGCUUCUGGGUGGACCUGGGGGUCCGGCUGUCCCUCCCUCCCUCCGCCCCUCCCUCUUCCUUAACCGGCCCACGCUCCUGCCCAUGGUGACUGGCUCAAUGGUCACGGCGUCGACGCCCGCCAUGGGCAUGGUGAGCGGCGGCGGCGGCGUCCUGAGGCCCUCCUUCUCCCAGUCGCCGCUCCCUGGCGCCGGUGACCUUAUGAGCCCGACUUCGUGCCCUGAGGAGUCUCCUUGUUCGAGUCCCGCCUCUUUCUGUUCCUUCAGCGAAGCUUCGCCGCCGCCCCUGGGAGGGGCUAUGGCCGAGUGAUCCCUGACUGACAGCCAAAGUAUCCUAUCAGAGGAGGACGAGGAGGAGGAAAAGGAAGAGCGUUAAAGGAGCUUUAAAAAUUAAAUUACAACCUCGCCUUUCAACCAAAGCCAUCUCUCUGUCUGAUCCAUCUCUGAUUCUGUCUCUUUCUUUCUGUCGAUCCCCGCUGAAGUCUUCUGAAGCCAAAAAUAUACACAGACCGACGAGGGGAGGCAGCAAAGAGAGAGUCCGGAUGG